CUAAACACAAUAAGCAAAGUUUAACCAUGGUGUCUAAGGCAGGGUUCGCUCUAGUUCUCGCUGUGCUGGUCUGUGGCCAGUACGCCGUCCAGGGAGUCUACAUCGUCUCCAAGGCCGAGUGGGGUGGCCGUGCACCCACCUAUCGCGUUGCCCUGGGCAACUACCUGGACUACGCCAUCAUCCAUCACACAGCGGGCAACUACUGCGAGACUCGCGCUGCCUGCGCACAGCAGCUGCGCAACGUCCAGAGCUACCACAUGGACGAACUGGGCUGGCCCGAUAUCGGCUACAACUUCCUGAUCGGCGGCGAUGGCGCUGUCUAUGAGGGUCGCGGCUGGAACUCGAUGGGCGCCCAUGCCGCCGAAUGGAAUCCCUACAGCAUUGGCAUCUCCUUCCUGGGCAACUACAACUGGGACACCCUGGAGCCGAACAUGAUCGCAGCCGCUCAGGGUCUGCUCAACGAUGCCGUCAGCCGUGGCCAGCUCGCCUCCGGCUACAUUCUCUAUGGCCAUCGUCAGGUGAGCGCCACCGAAUGCCCCGGCACCCACAUCUGGAACGAGAUUCGCAGCUGGUCCCACUGGAGGGCUUAGAGCACACUGACUGUCUUCACUAACCAAUAAAUGAAUGAUUCAAUUAAAAU